AUGGUCAAGAAGAGUUCAUCCAAGGGUAAAUCUGAAGGUAUGACAAGUCGCUUACAGCUUGUUAUGAAAAGUGGUAAGGUCUGUCUUGGGUACCGUUCAACUGUCAAAUCUAUCAGAAAUGGUACUGCCCGUUUGGUUAUAAUCUCCAACAAUUGUCCACCUCUCAGAAGAUCCGAAAUUGAGUACUAUGCAAUGCUCUCCAAGAUUGGUGUUCACCAUUUCCAAGGUGGAAACAACGAUUUAGGUACCUCUUGUGGUAAACUAUAUCGUGUUAGCUGUAUGACUGUAACAGACCCAGGUGAUUCUGAUAUUAUAAGAUCAUACGAGUAA